AAAAUUUCAAAACAGAGCUUAAAUAUAAACAAGAAACGACACCCAAGUUAAAAAAAAAAAGUAUUCCUCAAUGGCAAAUGCUUCAGCUUCCUCACCUAUGAAUCCACACUUUUUCCAGCCUCUUCUACCUGGUUUUCAAAGCUACCUUAACAUUCCUAUGGCGUUCUACUCUAAGCACAUAAAGGGAACAACCGACGAGGGCAAUGCCAACGCCGGUGAUAAAGCUGUGGUAAAGCUGAGAUCGGACGCUUCUGAUUUAACCUGGGAAGUUAAGAUGGACGGUCGGAGACUCACCCAAGGCUGGCAAGAGUUCACCACCAGUCAUGAUCUCCGGGUCGGUGACAUAGUCAUCUUUAGACAUGAUGGAGAUUUGUUGUUCCAUGUCACAACUUUUGGGCCCAGUUGCUGUGAGAUACAAUACGAUGAUGUCUUUCAUAAAUCCUCUGAUUCAGAUUUAGCGAUGAAUCAAGAAACAAGAGAAGCAGUCUCUCCAUCAGAUAAAUCUUGUUUUGUAGCUCGUGUCACCCCGACUAAUCUAAGAAAAGAUUCACUGUUUCUUCCAAGAGGCUUUUCCAGGUCUAAUGGUUUGACGAAUCGUGAGUGCGAGAUCAUUCUACUGAAUGAAUAUGAGAAACCAUGGACAGCGUCGCUGAUCUACUACAAAACAACGGGUGAUGUUUACAUCCGAACCGGCUGGAGAAGAUUCUGCCGCGAAAAUAGGAAAAGAGUUAAUGGUUUGUUGACUUUCAAACUUGUACAAGCAGGUACAAAACCUGUUCUCCAGUUGUGUUCAUCCAUGCACAACCGAGACUGUCUCCGAACUUCAUCUUCAAGAAGCCAAGAAAGAUUCUUGACAUUAACUCUCACACCGUACAGUCUCACGAAGUCUAAAUUGUGUCUACCGGGAAAAUUUGUGUGGUUGAAUGGUAUCGAGAACGCAAGGAAGAUAACUCUUGUGGACAGAUAUGGUGUUAAAAGGACAACGAGUCUUAGACCUGAUAACAAUUAUGGAGCAAUGAGAAUGGGAAAAGAGUGGAGAGAGUUCUGUGAAGCUAAUGGAGUGAAGGCUGGUGAGUCCUUUACGCUGGAACUCAUCAAGGAAGAAGAAGAAGAAGAAGAAGACACAGCUGCUACUCAUCUACUUAAGUUCUGCACCAAAGCCUGAAACUCUCUCUCUGAGUUUGUUUUGCUUAUAUAAUAUCUACUUGCAAUGUUUAUGUUUUUUUGUCUGGUUUGUAACAUGCAAGGCUUUGGUAAUUUGGAAUGAACAAAGGAGUGAAAGCCCCUCAAGAUCAUAUCUUUAGAAAAAAUUGCAAUUGCACUUUCUUUUUUGGGUUUGUGAUUAAAUAAUUGGUGCAGGGGAGUGGCAUUUUGACCAAGUGCUUCUGAAUAACUAAAUGCUUAUGCAUUAGGGUUAAGGAACAUGCAGCUCUUGGUCAGGUGAUUCUGACUUGGUUUGUAAUAACGUUUCCUUGUGCUAUACGGCACUGUUCUGUCUUUCAGAACAAGGUCUUUACGGAUAAAAGUAGCUAGUUUCUCAUUUGGUGAAAUUAUUUACCGUGUCAUAUGCGGUACUGUUCUAUCGUUUAUAGUGACGUCUAAGUUUUGGUCGGAGAAAUAAGCUUCUUUUCUUUGUUUUGUUUAACCCUUGUGAGAGUAUGGUAAACUGUUAAUAAUGCAAGUCUAACCCUGAGAACAAAAAAACGGUACGGAAAAUAGAACAAAGAUUCUCUUUGAGAAACCACCAAAACAGAGAAAAUUUUGGAGAAUACGAAUCGACAUCAAAGGUUUAAGCUUUUUUUUUAUUGAAAACAUAAAAAAAAAACUCUUUUUUUCAAUAGGAGUA